AUGUCAGCCUCAACCCCGCGGAAGGCCAUGCCUUCGGCGCUAACCUUCGACCUACAUCGCAAAUGCUCCACAACAAAAGCCCGCGCCAGUACCCUCCACCUCCCCCAUGGCUCCGUCCCCCUCCCAAUCUUCAUGCCCGUCGCGACGCAAGCGUCCCUCAAGGGCCUCACAUACGACCAAUUGAGACAGACCGGGUGCAUGCUAUGCUUAAAUAAUACAUACCAUCUUGGCUUGAAGCCUGGACAAGCUGUGCUGGACGAGGUAGGCGGCGCGCAUAAGCUGCAGGGGUGGGAUCGGAAUAUCUUGACGGAUAGUGGGGGCUUUCAGAUGGUUUCUUUGCUGAAGCUUGCGAAGGUCACGGAGGAAGGUGUGAGGUUUCUCAGUCCUCAUGACGGGACGCCGAUGCUCCUCACCCCCGAGCACUCCAUCUCCCUCCAAAACUCUAUCGGCUCGGACAUCAUCAUGCAACUGGACGACGUAAUCGCAACGACUUCCCCAGACCACGCACGAAUCCACGAGGCCAUGGAGCGUUCAGUCCGCUGGUUAGACCGAUGCAUCGAAGCUCAUAAGAAUCCAGAGACGCAGAAUCUCUUCUGCAUCAUCCAGGGCGGUCUCGAUUUGGAAUUGCGGAAAAAGUGCUGCGAGGAGAUGGUCGCUCGAGAUACGCCCGGAAUUGCCAUUGGAGGGCUUUCCGGUGGUGAGGCGAAGGAUGAGUUUUGCAAGGUGGUCGACACGUGCACGAGUCUUCUACCGGAGUAUAAGCCGCGCUAUGUGAUGGGUGUGGGAUAUGCCGAAGACCUGAUCGUCGGAAUAGCCCUCGGCGCAGACAUGUUCGACUGCGUCUGGCCAACAAGAACAGCCCGCUUCGGCAACGCCAUCGUCUCCUCCGGAAACCUCAACCUCCGCCACGCGUCCUUCGCGCACGACUUCCGGCCCGUCGAAGAAGGCUGCCCCUGCGCUACUUGUCGACCAAAGGAGGAAGGCGGACUGGGAAUCACGAGGGCAUAUAUCCACCAUCUAGCUGCUAAGGAAACUGUGGGGGCGCAUCUUCUCACCAUACACAAUGUCCACUACACACUAUCGACGAUGGGAAAGGCCCGCGAGGCAAUUCUCGAAGACCGGUUUCCGGCUUUCCUCAAGGAUUUCUUUACCAAGAUGUAUGGGGAGAAGGCGAAGAUUCCGGAGUGGAUUGUUGGAGCGUUGAGGGGGGUCGGGGUCGAUGUUUUAGAAGACUAA